AUCAAGUUUGUUGUUAUAGAUGCACGAGGAGAAAAAGAAACUGGUAUUGGCAUAGGGGUUGAUCGUGAUAUAUAUUCUUCUGUUUGGCAGGACAUAUUAGAUGGAUUGUGUGUAGGACAUACAGAGCGUGUUCCAUUUGUACGACAUGAUUUUUAUUUAGAUGAAUGGAGUUCUAUUGCUACGAUAUUGGUGAAAGGGUAUUAUGACACAAAGUAUUUUCCUAUGCAACUAUGCAAGGCUUUUAUUAUGUAUUGUUUGUUUGGUAAUGUUCAAAAUGACAAUCUAAUUCAAUCUUUUUUGAAUUAUUUGACUUCAAUGGAGUCGAAGAUUGUUGAUGAUGCCCUCCAUGGAAAAAACAAUGGUUUAUUUGAAGAUGAAGAAUUCCUGGAUAUUUUGGAUCGAUUUAAUUGUAAAAGCCGUGUUACCAUAAUGAAUGUGUAUGGUGUGAUAUUAGAGAUCGCACGUCAAGAAUUGAUACAACGACCAUAUCUUAUGGUUUGCUCUUGGACAAAGUCAAUGAAUGUUUUAAUUUAG